AUGGAGAAAUAAUAGUAGCCAUCAGCCAACUAAACGCCAUAGAAAUCAAUCAGAAAUUCUUCGAAUGAUUCCUCGCACAAGGCUAAAAUAAAUCCGCCAUUCAUGACUCCAGUAUUAAAACUUCAUCAUUAAAGCAUUAACGGGGUUAAGAAGACAUCACAGCAUCAUCACCAUGAUUCUUAAUCCAAUCUGUCCCCAGCCAAGAAAAUCUAAAGUAGCGGGAGACUUCAGAGUGAUAAACCCAGUAGACUCAAGGAUGGGUAGAGUGGCUAUAGUCAGCAAAGCAAUAACCCUACUCCAAACAGUUCUAUCAAAUUUACUAAUGGAAGUGGAAAGCAAUCAUAGUUGGAGGUCAGAAAACUUAACAAUAUACCAGGAAUUGCUUUAGGUGGGCCUAACUAAUCUAAUUAGAAUAAGAUUGGGAGUCCAGACAAGAGAAGCAGACAAAUGACUCAUGCGAUGCUAAAUCAAUCUAUGUCAGAAAACAACAUUAAUGAUAUUGCUAAUUCGUCCUAAUUCAUUGAUGAUCCCAGAAAUUAAUCAAUGUUGAACUCAGCAAGGGAUGAUAAACUAAAUAAGAGACAGAUUUACUUUAGUUCCAAUGAAAGACUAGACUUGAUUAUUUAAACUUCACAGCAAUUGUAGACAAUACCAUAAGACUAACCUUUUGAAGAUGACAAUUAAGUGUUUAGCUCUUAAGAGUUCUUCGGUAAUAACAAUAAUCAUCAGGAAGAGGAGAAACCUGAAAUCAUGUCACUGAGUUCUUCAUAGUACUUUCAUGGGCGAAAUGCUCAGCUGUAUGCAAUGUUUAUUGAGGAGGGGCAUAUGAGAAAGCAAUCUUAAUCUACUGAAAAACUAAUUAGCACCAAUCAUAACUAGAUUAACUUUAUAGGAAGAAAUUAGGAUCCUAAUAAUUCUUCAAUGAGUUCUAUCAACUUUAAGCAGCGUAGAAGCAGAACUUAAAGAAAGGAGAUGCGCUAAAUGUCCUCAGAAGCUACUUCUCGUCAUAACACAAAUAAGAAAAAUGCGAAUCAGCCAGAUCAAGCACAUUAACAAAAUCCAGGGCUUAUUGAAAUAGGCGAUUAGAAGAUUAAAAUUGAAGACUUGAUAGUGAACCACUCAAUAAUUGAGCUUGAGUAGGAAGCGCAUAGAGAUAAAACUGGUGGGAAAGAUUUGCUUAAGUUGAAAUUAACAACUUAGCCUCCACAGGCUGAAGACUUUGACAGCUAGAACAACUUGGUGAGUUAGUCCUUCAGAAUUAUUGAUGAGAUUAAUACAGUAGAUGACUUUGCUAAAUCACUAAUCAACAAUAAUCUAUUGCAGGAAAGUCACCGCAAGGACUCAUCAAUCAAUAACACUUUUGAUUAGCCUCAUAUUAAAGAUAUAAAAAACAACAUUAACAAGGCCGGCAACUUUCAAGAUGAAAAGCUUAGUGUUGAUUUCGUUCAAGAAUUCAAUGCACUUAACACCUCAUAUCAAUAAACUAAUCAUGUCCAAGAUAAUUCUGUGAAUUACAUGUCUUAAGGAAAUUAACUAAAUAACAAGCAAACCAAUAACAACUAUUUGUCUUAAUAAAAGAUAAACACUGAUUAUGACACUGAGUAGCAAAUCGUGAAGCCUAAUCAUACUUCAGUAAUGAAGCAUGUUAAUUAUAAGGAAUCCACGAACAUCCCUUAAUCAGUCAAACACAGCAAUGCGAAUCCUGGCUUAGGUGGUAUAUAGAAUAAUGCGAAUGCAGGAGUAUAAAAUCUAAAUGAAGAUAUCAAUCACCUAGAAUUGGCUUAACUCUAUGGUUAAAUUUCAAUGUUUGAUCAGCUUACCGAUUACAAUGAAUAUGACAAUGAUGAACAGUAGAAUUUCUCACCCACUAGAAAUAAGAAACAAACAUCUGAUGAUGGAGAGGAUAGAGGGGAAGAUGAUAUAGAUGAUGAGCAGUCUAAUAAUCUGAGACAGUAUAGACAUAGAAUUUAAGAUAUAAAUGAAGAUAUUCAAAGUGAUAUUGAUUAUGGCGAAGAUGGUGAUGAAAAUGUUGGAGAAUCAAGUAAUAAAGUUCACAAUCUAUAAGUUAACACAAAUCAUGACAAUAGCAAUCAUAUGGUUUUCUAAGAUAAUGAUGAUGAUCUAGGAUCACUCAUUCAAGUCGAAGAAAAAAUACUUCAGCAGGCCUAAUCUAUUAAGCCAUCAGCAUCUUAACUAUAAGUACCUUAAAGCUAGAUUUUAGAGGACUCAAGUAUUAUUGAAUAGGAAUAGGACUACAUUAUAUAGAUGACUCCAAUGAAUUAGCAGUCUAUCUUUUAAGAUGAUGAAAUAAUAGCUAAGUAAUCACAAUAGAUAACAGCAAUGGUAGAUAAGAUUUAGCAGAUGUCUACUAAAAUGCAAGGUUUAGAGCUGCAAGUACAGUAACAAGCUCUAUAAAUUCAAGUAAGAGAAAAUAAGUAUAAUGAGAUUGCCAAGGAAAAAGAGGCUUUGCAGACAAUCAUUUAGGUUAAAGCUGAAUAGGAAUAGGCUAGCCAAUCUUAUAUUGCUAAGUUGAAAGAAGAAAAUAAAGAUAUUUUAAACAAGUUGAGUCUUCAGGAGUCUACAUAUAUAGAAAUAUAGAGCUAAAAUGAGGAACUCAUUCAAGAAAAUCAUGUUUUGAAAGCAAAACUAACACAUUUCUUUACACUGUAAGAGAGCUUUUAAAAUUAAUAAAGAUCUGCUCCGACUCUCGAUGAUUAAAUUCUCAACUCAUCUCCUUCUUUUAAGAGCCAACAGAUAAGCUUUAGGAAAUACAAAAUAUAGAGCAGUAUAGUCUCCCCAAAAGAUUAGAAUAACAUUCUCAACAAGAUUAACAAUUGCGAGGGGAUAUAGUAGCUUAAGAAAAGUGCGUAGCGAAAGGGAAGUCGUUAAGAUGAGAAAAGAAAUAGCUCUUUAAUUAAGUAAACUCAUGAAUCCUUUACAUCUUAACAAUCAGGUAGGACUAUACUCGAGCGAAUAAUAUCGUAAAAAUCAGAUACAAAUCUCAAGUUAUCUAUGAUUGCUCAAGGCUUUUCAAUGUCUCAUCAUAAACCUAAGACAACAGAAGCAAUGAGAUUGUCUUAACAAAUCAUCAAUUAAAGCGCAAAUACCAACAUAAAAUAAUCUAUUCAUAGUACCCCUAAUAAAAUAAGCAAGACUAAUAUGAAUGCUCACAGAUAAGGCUUCUUUGACAGUGGAUCUAAACGUUCAAGCUAAGUCAUUAAAAAUUCUAAUAGUAAUGUAUAAUCAAGUGGUAAAGUAACAGUUAGUGCUUUUGCUGCUAUUAAGAUGUAAUCAGAGUAAAAUAUCACCAGAGAUCAAAAGCUAAUAAACACCCCAGAGCAAUUCAAUGGCUAGGCAAUCUAUUAGAUCAAAGAGAAAAUUAGCCAUAAUAAACAUAGAACCUCUCCUUUGAAGAAGCAUGGUAGUGAGGGGUCAACUAAAUACUGA